AUGGCUGGCUGUGAGAAGGCUGGGAAGCCAAGGAAGAAGGCAAAGGAUUUAACAGUGAAGGAAGACAGGACCAAUUUCCUUCAACUCAUCCUCAGCCGGAGAUCAAUCCAGGCCAGUGAGGAAACGAAAUCUCUUCUCCACAGGCUGAUAUUUCUGGCUAAGAUCUCCCCAGACCUGGCUGACAAGAGGAAUUUAGCAGAGUACUGGGAGCGCCUGUUCCUGAGUCUGCAGCGCUACUACCACGGGGAAGGUGUUACAGGCCUUUUGCUGCUCUACCCAACCUACGUUGUCCACACCGUGGAGUCCUCCAGUGAUGUGCUUUACUCCAUCCUGCGGGACCUCAGAGACAUGCACCAGCAUGGGCAGAGGGCCCUCGUCCUGGAUCCCAAGAUCCUGGUGGUGUCCCAUAAUAUCCCCUCCAGGCUCUUUCAACAGUGGAAUUACAAGGUGCUGAAUGUACCGGGAAGGCACCUGGGCUAUGACACAUCACGUGAAGAGCCUCUUGAAAGCAUCAUUGGCGAAUGCGUGGCAAUGCUACUGAAACUGGGCAUGCACCUGUGGAAAUACCCCAAG